GUCUUAAUAUAGCUUAGUUUUUGUUUGUGUAUCGAUGAAUUUUGCAUAAUAAAUUCCUUAUACUCAGCAUAUCUAUGUUGUGAUUUUCUCAUCUUCGAAGGAAGCCUUUCUACGUUAACCUGUUACGCAUAUCAAAAACGUUUAUGCUCACCAGCAUACAAAGUGCAAUUCCGCACACGUUUCAAUGGCAAUGUGCGGAACUGAAUUAUGCAACUUCUACCAAUUUUGGAGGGUAUAUAAGCACUGCGCGUUAACUGACGAUGACAUUACCAAAAUUCACAUUGUUCUCUAAACGCUUCACUUAGCAACCAAACAACACAAAAAUGGCCAAAUUUAUCAUUGUCCUGUGCGCUUUCAUUGCCUGCGCUGCCGCCAAGCCACAACUAUUUGCGGCCCCAUUGGCUGCUGCUCCUGUUGUUGCCUCUUAUCCAGCCGCCUACGCUGCUGCGCCUAUCGCCUAUGCUAAUGCACAUUUGGAUGCCGCUUACUCCAGCAGUUCGGUUGAUGUGAGACAAAACUAUGGCGCUGCUUUUGUGCCCGCUAGCUAUGCCGCUCCUGCUGUCUACUCCGCCCCAGUUGCACCUGUCGCUGCAGUAGCUCCAUUGAAGUACACCGCUGCUGCUGCUCCGGUUUUGUUGUAAAUUAAAAAGUACCACAAAAACUUGGUUUCAGAAUGAGAUCUUCAUUUUGUGUUUGGAUAAUUAAAUAGACUC